AUGGCACAUCAGAAAAGUCGAAGUAGUACCGGCUUUUCAAAUGACCUAAAUUCUUUAGAGUUAUGUAGAAUUUGUAAUAAAGUUGUAGGGAACAUCGCAAUUUUCAGCAGUCGAAAUUGUUUCAAUAUAGCAAAUGAAAUCAAAAAAGUGUCUGGAAUUAUUAUUGCUAAAAGUGACAAACAUUCAAAACAUAUUUGUCAUAAAUGUUUAAAUUUGCUUCAAAGCUGCAUAUUAUUUCGUGAUUAUUGCCAAAAAAGUGAACAGAGAUGUAAAGAAGUUUUAAACAGAAAUGAAAACUCAAAUAGUGUGAAUAAUAGGGCUACAAUUUUGAUUAACAAAAGUUCAUCUUUGAAUAAUGAAACUUCCCUAACAAUCUCUGAGGAAAAUGUGGUUCUGUGGCUGUGUCCUAUUUGCAAUGCAGAGUUUAUUGACAGGGAUGCCUACACUUCACAUUUGAGUACAUGCGAAUCAGAAAACUUUACUUCUAUGAAAGGAAAAAAGAAGAAAAGGAAGCCAGUGAAAUGUAAAAUUUGCGGAAAAAUGACAAUGAAUGUUACAACUCAUAGAUAUACACAUCAAACUAUCUUUCCAUACCAUUGUGAUAUAUGUCCAUACAAAGGAAAAAGUGUAUAUUUAUUGCGAGUUCAUAAAAUAUCCCAUUUGAAAAAUAAACCUUUCAAAUGUCAUCAAUGUCCAAAGGCAACAUCUACAUCAAGUAAUUUGCAAAGGCACAUACGUAUGGUUCACUCUAAAACUCUGCCAUUUAAGUGUCCCUACUGCCGAAAGGAAUUUUCAAAAAAGCUUUUAAUGAUUGAACAUGUCAGAUGUGAACACUUAUAA